CUUCUCUUCUUCGUCUUCUCUUUACGCCUUCUUCUCCCUUCCGCAGCGCCUUCCAACGCCACAUGAACUGCUGAACUUGCCAAUCCCAAAAGACAACAUGACGUUGAGAGGGUUCAUGAUGAAAGACACACCAACUCGAAAGAGCCGCCUGCUAGAUCGAUCGCCAAGGGGACUGGGCGCCAAGGACGGGAUGGCGGCCAAGCAGGCACAAGCAGCUCCCAAGACGGGUGGCCAAGGUCGGGGAAGCAAGGGGAAUUACCACCAGUCACCCAGUGCUACAGGUACUCUGCUGUGAGAUAGAAAACACACGAAUGUUCAGCCAUCGCCACUCUCCUCGGACAAAAAAACGUGCUAAAAAAGUCAUGCCCCUUUCUGUGGAUCUACCGAUUGCAAAGGGACCUUGGCAUACCGGGCAUGGUCCCUGUCUAGCGUCGUUGUCUCCAUGGCGCCAACCCGUUUUCGUAGCUCUUCAUCCGAAGAGAAUCCCUGCAAAGGGCACGCGAGAGGACUGGGGAAAGCGCAGUUCCGACGCAGGCUGGACGGAAGCCGGGGUGGCGGACGGUUCGACUGUUAUCAUUCGGGAAGGCAAUUCGGAAGAGACGGCAGAUACCGGUUCACAUCACGGAUCAUGGUCUGUCGACAGAGGAGAAAGAAGCCAAUCACGGAGAGGGCGUUACCACUGA